GCCGUUAAUGCUGCUCAUGUCACACGGGCGACAAGAAGAAUCGCGUCGCAGUAGCUCAAAACGUUGUCAACAAGUAUGCCAAAUCUACCACGCCGAGCAAGACCUGUCUGCUGAUGAAUUAAGGUAAAUUGAUACCUUCUGUGAUAUUUUAGAUUUUUUUUUUUAUGCGAAGAUAUUGCUACGUUGUAAUGGUUAUUUCAGUUUUUGUAGCGAGGGGAAACGUCAACUCGAUGUUGUGCUACAAUGGCUAGCGCGUUAACGUUAGUAACGUUAGGUAACGUAACUGCCGGUGUUAGCUGCCUGCCCGAGUUGGCGCAAAAGGCGUAACUAGCUAAAUCGUUUACGGUAAACAACUGGUUUGCAUGACUAGCUACAGUAGUGUCUGUUUUGCUGACUAAUCCGGAAUUGGGCUGUCUGCUCGGACAGAGUAACAGUAGUGGAGUUUGUGUGCACUAACUCUGCCGUGGCUCGUUGGUCCAAGCCAGUGAUUUGUAUAUUGGCCAAAGCCUAUGGGGACAUUUUGUGCUCGUUUUGAUUUCAUCAGUGUUUUAAACAUUGGCUAAAGGUAAUGUGAACUGAAUGGUUGUGUCAUAGAAAAAAAACGUAUAACAUCUACUCAACCUGUGUUAACCUCAGAACCUUUUAUUUUCUGCUUUAUCCCCAAAAAAUAGUUUUUAUUUUUAUUUCCCCUGCUCUGCACCAACAAGCCAUGGGGUUAACUCAUUUUCAUUUUAGGACCACAAACUGGCGAGUUCUAUAGAUACAUCAGUCUUGGAUGCUCUAAUACUAGCUUUUGAUCUGUUAUCUUAGUAGCUAACUAGCUAGUCCGAGUGGUUGUGUUGAUGUGGGCACUUUUUUUAGUCAUAGAUUGAACCAGAAUCUGGCUUUACAGGAGAUGUUGAAUAUCCAAGGCCAUAUUCUGGUCCAGUCAUAGAGGUUCUACUACCCAGCACAGCUUUGUUAAUCCACUAAAUCUAUGCCUACAUUUAUGCCUGUUUUACCAUUAAGUUCCUGGUUUUCCAGCUUGAUUGCUCCUGCAAUUGUCCUUGUUUGUGCCUGUGUCAACUAUGGAGACAACUCAAGUGACUUUGGCAGUUAGGGGAGACACAUCCCCAGGUGAGGUGAUAGCUGUGGUUGGUAGCUGUGAAGCUUUAGGAGGCUGGUGCCAUCAAAGAGCUGUGACCCUACAACCUGUUCAACACGAUGGCACAUUGUGGAAGAGGACCGUCAGUGUGCCCAGAGGUGCUGUGCCAACCUAUCGUUACUUCAAAGGCCACUUCCUGGAGUCAAAGAGUGCAGGUGGUCCCUGUCAGGUGAUAGUCACUAAGUGGGAGACCCAUCAGCAGCCACGUCUGAUGAGCCCCACAGAAUCGCACCUUGAUAUUGACGAUGGCCAGUUUGGAUUCCACAACGGCUCAGUGUGUAUGGACUCUGGGUGGCUGACGUGCCAGACAGAGAUCCGUCUGCGUCUGCACUUCUCCAAGACGUCUCCCGUAUCCAUCACCAAGAAGAAAUACAAGAAGUCUCGCUUCAGGAUCAAGCUGACGCUUGAGGGUGUGGAGGAGGAGGAUGAUGAAGAUGAAGAGCAGUGUGCAGCGUCGUGGCACAAGAUGACCACCACGCUGGAGACCAGUAUGAUCAGUGGCGAUGGGUACAAGUCCCGUCACUCCCAGCCUGAGUGUGGUUACGCCCUGGAGGCCUCACAGUGGACAGAGUACAUCAUCCACACCAUGGACCCCGACAACCUAGAACUCACCUUCGACUUCUUUGAGGAAGACAUGGGCGAGCACGUGAUGCCAGGGGAUGCCCACCCAGGGACUGCGGGUACGGCCUGCCUCCUCUCCUCAUUCUUCGUGGAGAGUGGCAAGGACACUGGCGUGGUCACUCUGCCCAUCAUGAAACGCAACUCCAGACAGACCCUGGGCAAAGUCCGAGUGGACUACCUGGUGAUCCGUCCUAUCGAGGGACUGCAGUGUGACAUGAGCUCCUCCUUCACCAAGUACUGGAGGAAGAGGAGUGCCCCCCUGGACGUUGGCCACAGAGGGGCCGGGAGCACACACGCAGCCAAACAUACCAAAGUCAGGGAGAACACCAUUGCUUCGUUCAAAAGUGCUGCCAAUCAUGGGGCUGCCUAUGUGGAGUUUGACGUCCAUCUCUCCAAGGACUGUGUCCCCAUCGUGUACCACGAUCUCACCUGUUGCAUCUCCACUAAGAAGAAAGGAGACAAGCUCUCUUUGGAGCUGUUUGAAGUGCCGGUCAAAGAUCUCACAUACGACCAGCUACAGCAGCUCAAGCUGGGCCAUGCUUCUGCCUUGAAGGUGAACGACCACAAAGAUGACGACGACGAGGAAGAGGUUGACGAACACCAGCCCUUCCCUUCAUUCUCGCAGAUCUUCCAUGCAGUGCCUGAAAAUGUGGGCUUCAACAUUGAGCUGAAGUGGAUUUGUCAGAUGAAGGAUGGUUCGUGGGAAGGAAACCUGUCCUCGUACUUCAACAUGAACCUGUUCCUGGACAUCAUACUGAGCUGUGUGCUGCAGAGAGCCGGCAAGAGACGCGUCGUCUUCUCCUGCUUCGACCCCGACGUCUGCACCAUGGUUCGUCAGAAGCAGAACAAGUACCCCAUCUUGUUCCUGACCCAGGGCAUCUCUGAGACCUACCCUGAGCUCAUGGACAUCCGCUGCAGGACCACACAGAUCGCCAUGAGCUUUGCGCAGAGCGAAAACAUCCUGGGUAUCAGUGCCCACACAGAGGAGCUGCUUCAGAACCUGGAGCACAUCCGAGAGGCUCAAUCUAAAGGCCUGGUGGUGUUCUGCUGGGGAGACCUCAACAACGACCACGACAACAGGACCAAGCUAAGGGAGCAGGGCAUCGACGGACUCAUCUAUGACAGGAUCUGUGACGACCAGGUUGAGCAGGCCAACGUCUUCAAAGUGGAGGAGCAGCACACUCUGCAGGAGACUCUGAAGAGCUUUGUGUGCUCCUGCUACUCCAUCCCCUGCCAGGCGCCUGUCUGUGCCGCCAACUCCAAGGUUCACAACGGCAGUGCAGAGUCCGACUCAGGCCUCAGCUCUUCCUGAGCAACUGUCUGCUUCUGAAGGUUGUCUCUAGAUAAGCAUGCUCGACAGGACAGAAGCGGCAAUGAAUAUAGGCAGAAUUUAUGAGCAAGUGUAUUUUAGAAAGCCCCUUUGUCCUUUUGGAGCAUGGCCAGAUAUUGACAACCCCUUCCCGAACUGACGUCCACUGAAGCAAUAUUCAAGCUGUGUCCAGAUGUUUUCUCGCAGCUGUUUGUUUUAACUGGAAGGAGGAGGGUGUUUUGCCAAAAAUGGCAUCUGGUGUUUCUUAUUAGGACUUCAGUUGAAAGACACUGGGAUAUGCACCUCAGUUGCAAUUUCACAAAGGAAUCCACAUGUCUUCACUUAGAAAUGAAUGCCUACUCAAGGAAUUUAUUUUGAGCUUUAUAUUUCAUUAUGCUGAUUUGCGAAAUAUAAAUUUGAAGGUAAAAUAUACUAUAUAUUAGCUUUUCCAGAUUGAGCUUUUCUUAUUGGUGACAUCUGUGUACACGUAUUGCAGUUCAUGACUGAUAACAGCCCACAGUUUGCCUUCAGCUUGCUGGUUUAAUUUAACUAGGAUGUAGUUUUAUGCGGAUAAUGAUUUACCACACUAGUCUUACUUUUUUGCAUCUGCAUUAUGGUUGUCCGCAUAUGAAAUAAGCUAGCAUUUUACUGUUAUUUUUGUUAGAUUUACUCAUCUAAUUUUGAAUGGCAGUGCCGACAAUUCAUAAUAGAUUUUCAAGAGAAUUUGGGACACUGACCAAAACUCUCUCGCUCAGGUGAUUUUAUUUUAAAUUUGAUGUGCAUUUUAUUUUUAAUUCAAUGGUGCAUUUGAACUCGUGCAAACUGCUUUGUAUUCGGACUGCCCUAAGCUAUGCCAUUAAUGAAGUGUCAUUAUUGGAUCACCAGAUAAUGAAGUGUUGCUACGGGUGCCUAAAUCUGAACAGAUUGAUUUAAUAUUGCUUUAAUGACCUGUUGAAUACAUAUUUGGUUUUUGCUUUCAGCAACCACUUUAAAAUGUAUGGAUGAGUUGUGAGCUCAAUGUUCACCAUUAGGGAGGGGUAUAAAGGUAACCCUUUGUACUGGCUAGAUCUAAUCCACUUAAUAACUCACACUCUAGCUGAUUUGAAGGGAAGUAACGGUGUUUGCGCUACACAUCAGAAAGCCUGGCUGGGGAAGUUGUAUGAAUGAACUAGUCUGACUGUCACUUGUUUGUCUCGUCAUACCUCACUCUACUUAAUGCAAUAGAAGACCAAGAUUGUUUCACAUGGCACAGUUUCCCUGUCACAUUGCAACUCAUUUUUCCUACCGGAUGUAUUUUGUUUGUACAGUCUUUUCUUUCUUUUUUAAUGCACAUUGAAGAUGUAACAGUCUAUAUUUCCUAAAUGGUGUACCGUGAUAUAUCCCUGAAACAGACACAAGCACUGUCUGAGUUCGUUAAGUCAAAUAACUUUUGAGACUCUUACCCCUACCUAGGUGUAUGGAGUCAUGAUGCAUGCCCUUCAGAGUGCUAUGGGUGACUGGAAUUGAGGGUCACUCAUGUCACACCCUUGAUACUGUCAGGACAAUGCUAGCUAACUGAUAUGAAAUGAAUAAAAGUAUUUAAAAACAUA